CGGCAAAACCACAACUCCCAGCAUCCAGCGCGGCUAGCCUGGGAAGCAGUGCUCGGCUCGCUCGGACGCGGAGCUGCUGCAGUUGCAGCCCUACAGCGGGUUUGGGAAGCCGUCAAGCCGCUGCAUAAGCAUUUUUUAAAACAACGAGGAAACACAGCGUGGCGUUUUUUUCCCACAGUUAUCUCUCAGAGGGGAUCUUUCACCAUGGGGAAUGGCAUCAAUAAGGUCCUGCCUGACUUGUACUUGGGAAAUUUCAAAGAUGCCAGGGACCGAGAACAGUUAGCCAGAAACAACAUCACACACAUCCUGUCCAUUCAUGACAGUGCAGCUCCCAUCCUCCAGGAGAUGACCUAUCUCUGCAUUUCAGCAGCUGACCUGCCCACACAAAACCUGACUCAGCACUUUAAACAGAGUAUAAUGUUCAUGCACGAGUCCCGUCUGAAAGGAGAAGGCUGCCUCGUUCACUGUUUGGCAGGUGUGUCCCGCAGUGUCACGCUGGUGGUGGCUUACAUCAUGACGGUGACAGGGCUUGGCUGGCAGGACGCCCUGGCUGCAGUGAGGGUGGCCCGGCCCUGUGCUGGACCCAACCUGGGCUUUCAGCGCCAGCUCCAGGAGUUUGAGGCUACUCAAGCUGAACAGUUCAGAGAAUGGCUGCAGAAGGAAUAUAAGGACAACCCCUUCAAUGAUGAGGCAGAACUACGUGACUUGCUUGCCAGGGUGUCGAAGGUCAAUGGAGAGGAGAUGGAAAAACAAGCAUCUACCCCACCUGGAAGUAUCUGAUCAGAAGUUUUGAUGAGUUAUUGUGCCACUCAGCCUGGAGGAUUACAUCACCAUGUGAUGCUACAGUCUUCUGGACCUAUCUGGAAGUUUGAGUUGCUUCAGAUUGGACUACUGCCAGCAUAUUUAUUUGGUGAUAAAUGUCAUGGACAUAAUCACUGGAAGAGACAAUUAAUAUGUAGAGCACAUAUUAUUAUUUUUUAGUUUUGGUUGAUGUUUAAGGUGCUGUUUUUUAUUUAUGAAUGUUGUGUUAUUUUGUACUGUGUCAUGAUGAUUUCAAAUGGUGAAAUAAAAGAGGUAAAGUCAA